CCGAUUAUUCUCAUUCAUUCACUUCUUCAUUCAUUCAUUCAAACCAUCGCUCCCUAUCUGCACAGCCUGUGCUACCUAUCACCACCGUCAGUCUUUUGGAGCGGACAGUGUCAAGGAAAGAAGACAUCUGGAGCACGUGACUCUUUCCGGACUUCCAUUUAUUUAUUAAUUUGACGCGUUUAUUUAUUUAUUUAUCCAACUAUUUAUAUUUAGCAUACUGUUUAUUUAUUUUGGUUGGAACUCCUGGGAUCCGAACAAAUAUGAAAUUGCUGGUUGACUCCUCCUCAUCCCUGCUCCUGUCGCUGCUGCUGGCCCAGCUGCCAUUGUUUACAUCUGCAAAGCCGCUGCGAUACCCCGUCCAUAAUGACUUUGACAAGCUAACCAAUCAAACAAAACAUCUGCUGAAACUCACACAAGAUCUACUGAAAGAACACUCCCUUGACACGGAGAUCGAGAACCACAGAUUCAAGUCUCUCCCAUCCAUGGGCAACCGAGCAACAGAUCUCAGCUCACUAGAGCUGAAGCCCACUCUCUCCCAGCUCCACGCCGACCUCAGGUCCUUCGAGCAUCACUUUGAUUGGCUGCACCGAAUCUCACAGAAGCAUAAACACUCCUCCAUACCCAAACUCAUGGAAAUCAUUCACCAGAUUAAGAUCCUUAUGAACUCCCUCCAGCGACAGAUGGGCAGAGUGGAGGCUCACCGCCACCCCUUUCCCAAUCCCUCCAUGCCACCACACCCGGCCUUCCACUGGGAGGUGGCCCAGUCCUCCAUAGAGCUCCUCCAGCAGUUCCGUCUCUUCUGUGACUGGGCAACAAGGGCAUUCCUCACCUUAAAGUCCAAGGUCCCGGCAUGAUGACGUCUCCGCCGUCUCCAUGCAGCCACACUAGCCACACUUUUUUGCACCAGUUCCCAGUGUCCAGGUUAUGAAUGGCCAAUGUCCUCAUAGCCAUCAGCCCGAGUUCAGUCUACACAUACAUGUCCUGUAUCAGCAGUUGCUCAUCACACUGCUGUAGGUUAGAGAUUCAUCUGAAGUACCACAACCACACUGCAGCAAUUUGCCUGUCCUGUGAUCUAGCCAUGCCAGCAGGCUACAUGCCCCGUCGAGGCCAUCAGUACUGCCGUUGCCUUAUAUACCUUGUCCUCCUGUUACCCUCCUCUUUUUCUUUAUCUCUGAUCCUAUUUGUUAUUUAUAUAUUUAUUUAUUUAUUAUUGUUAGUUAUUUAUUUGGUGUCAUUAUUUAUUUGAUUUUUGUGACAUGUUUUACAUUUGCUGUCUCUUCAUUCAUGCAUUAAUUAUUUUUUCUUAGACUUGUUCCUCUGUAUCUUGUUCCUGUGAUGCCUUUGCUUCAGAGGAUAAAACAUUCCACGUAGCACUUGUGUAUCUUAAACUGUCAUAGUAAACUGAUUGUACUUACGUGUACAGGGCAAGUCGGGGAGUUGUACCCCAAAAUGGAAUUCUUAGGAUACAAUAUUCUGCCACUAGAUGUAGCAAUAGUUGGGAGUUUGAUGACAGUGCCAUAUGCCUUUAAAAUGUCUAGAUAGAGUUGCAAAGCACUGACCUGUUUCAUCUUUUUUUUUUUUUUUUUGCACAAAAUGUGUUGGGUUUGCAUCAGAUGCAGUUUAAUUUCAAGAAACAUCAAAUCGAAGCCUUAAAAUACUAUGUAUUGUGAUAUUGUGAUACUAUGGUACUGUACAGUGUACAUAUACCAGAAUGUAAAAUGUUGUAUACAAUGCAAAUGUCUAUUAUAUUGUAGUUUUCUAUGAUAUAAUUUCCAGUACUCCUAUCACUAUCACUAUCAUUG